AUGCCGCCGUCGCGCUGCCGGCCUCGCUCGGCCCUGUUGCUGCUGGUCACCUUUACGCUGACUGGUCCGAUCUCGGCCGGAGCUCCGUACGACCCUUGUGCCUUGGCGCCGCGCGAGUUCUGCAUCUCCAACAGGGGGUGUUGCCCGCCUACAGUCUGUGUACGAGUUCCCGCCUCAAGGAAGACCUCACGAGGCAACUGCUGCUACCCGACCAAGUGUCCCAUGAAGUGCCGGCGGGGCGAGCGCUGUCAAAAGAUUCUGCGCCGGUGCGCCCGGCCGCCGGCCGACGCGUCGCCCUGCUACUGCCCGCCGCUGCUCAGGUGUGUCAACAAAGUGCUGAAAUGUGACCCGCCCUGCGGCCAGGGUCUGCGCUGCGGGCUGAGCUCGGGCGCCCCCGAGCCGAACGGCAGCAGAAAGCACGUGUGUGUGCGUGACAAGUGCUCCCGUACGCGCCGAUGCCCGCCCGGGUUCCGGUGUCAGACGGACGCUCGCGGUAACUGCUGCCGCCAGUACACCUGCUCCCGCAAGUGCGCCGACAACGAGGUGUGUCGUCAGGUGCCGCCGACAGCGGGGCAGUGCGCCAGACCGGUACUCUACUCUCCGCCCUGCUUCUGCCAGUGGCGCUACGCCUGCCAGUCGCGCUGUCAGCCGCCCUGCGGACCAAACGAGCGCUGCGCGCCGGCCGGCGGGCUCGAGGGACGAGACCGGUACACCUGUCAGAAGAAGCCCGUUGACGAGUGCCGCACGGACAGAGACUGCGCGGCCGGCUCGUCCUGCCGCCGGGACAGCCGCGGCAACUGCUGCUACCCCACCGGCUGCCCCAACAAGUGCCCGGUCGGGGAGCGCUGUCAGGUGCGGUUUCCGCCGUGCCCGCGGCCGCCAGAGCCGGCGCCGCCGUGCUACUGCAAGCCGUUCUACAGCUGCACAUCCUGUACGGGCCCCAGGUGUCCCAUCGGCUAA